AAAAACAGAAGCACAAAGAGACAGUGUCGAUAUCCUGAACAAACUCACGGUCACAAUUCAUUGUCUAUCAGUUUUCUGUGUAAGAUCCACCCUCACUCAGCGGAGUGGUUGGUAUUUCUCCAAUCCCAAUCCCAACCACCCUCUUGUGGCUCUCAAACACAACCCAAGAUUCUUUUUUUUUUAAAUAGAUUCUACCUUCAUGGGCUACUCACUCGCUGUUCAAUACUGUCUGUGGAUAUAAAAAACAUAUCUUUUUAGAUCUAAUUGCACCUUUUGAUUACCCAGAUUCGCUUUUCCUCUUCUUUUCCGUUUCAUUGUCGCUGCCAGCUCUGAUGGGGGAUGUAGUCAAGGACCUAACUGCUGGGACUGUGGGAGGGGCAGCACAGUUGAUAUGCGGACACCCCUUUGAUACCAUAAAGGUCAAACUCCAAAGCCAGCCUGCACCACUUCCAGGCCAACCGCCCAAGUAUGCUGGUGCCAUGGAUGCUAUCAGGCAAACGUUAGCAGCUGAAGGCCCUAGAGGUUUGUACAAGGGCAUGGGUGCUCCACUCGCCACUGUGGCAGCCUUCAAUGCUGUUCUGUUCACAGUUAGAGGACAAAUGGAAGCGUUGUUGAGGUCUGAACCUGGUGCACCACUUACAGUUAAGCAGCAAGUCAUUUGCGGGGCUGGGGCUGGAGUAGCUGUUUCUUUUUUAGCUUGCCCCACUGAAUUGAUUAAAUGCAGGUUGCAAGCCCAAAGUGCAUUGGCAGAUUCUGCCUCAACUGGUGUAGCAGUGAAAUAUGGGGGGCCAAUGGAUGUGGUAAGGCAUGUUCUUAGAUCAGAAGGAGGUGUUAGGGGUCUCUUCAAGGGCAUGGUUCCAACAAUGGCACGUGAAGUCCCUGGGAAUGCUGUUAUGUUUGGUGUUUACGAAGCUCUGAAACAAUCCUUUGCAGGAGGUCAAGAUACUUCCAAGUUGGGAAGAGGCUCUUUGAUUGUGGCUGGUGGCCUGGCUGGGGGUUCCUUUUGGCUAUUAGUCUACCCAACUGACGUUAUCAAGAGUGUGAUUCAGGUUGAUGAUUACAGAAACCCCAAGUUCUCUGGGUCCAUGGAUGCAUUUAGAAAGAUCCUAGCGUCUGAAGGCAUUAAAGGCUUGUACAAGGGUUUUGGCCCUGCCAUGGCACGAAGCGUUCCUGCAAAUGCAGCAUGCUUCCUGGCAUACGAGGUUACAAGGGCUAGUUUGGGGUAGAUUAUUUGUUUCUGUGUCCUGGUUACUGACCAAUGAUUUGGAUGGAAUUUUUGUAAUUUGAUCUUUUUAUUGCUGAUCUGAACACCAUUUAUCAUUCUCAUAUAAAUAUAUAAUGAAAUCCUCUUUUGAAGAAAA